AUGAUUCUCCAAGUUCUGUUUUCGGCCAGAUGCCUGAUCCAACCCCGAAUCCCUACGAUCCUGAUCAUCCUGCCCCAACCGAGCGAGAACGCCCUGAAGCCAGACAAGAUGGAGGAAUACUACCGGUGCCCAGAGCGAUGGCCUGACAUGAAGUUGAACCAUGACUGUGUUUGCGCCCGUUGCAUCCGCGUUGACAGCAUUGGCCCCAACAGGCGAGAGAGGAUCACAGAUCCGUUCCUCUAUAGCCGUGAGAAUAGCAGGGAUCCUGGAGCUCUCGAUCAUGGUCUUCUCCCGCUCGCACAGAUCGAAGAGAUGUUGAUCGCUCGUGUCCAUGUCUUCAUUGAGAUCCGCCCGGGACACUUUCGUGCCCGUCGCUUUGUCGUCGCCAGAUGGCUCGAGUUCCUCCGUCAACACCAUCCUGGCUACAGAGACAUCGAGGUCAGCACUGUCAACCUGUAUACGUUGCCUGAGGAUGCACCUGUUGGCGAUCGCCUUCUAGUUCAGGAGCUUGAGGCAGAGAUGGAGCAGGAUCAUGACAAUCAGGACGUUACAGAUGUUGCAGACGAGGACGAAGGGGGUCUCGCGCCGUCUUUGAUUACGUUAGGAAGCAGAACCAAAAUCGGAGACGUACCAGCAGGUAAUGCGACAGAUCCUGCCUCAUCUGAGCACUGGAAAGCCUCUAUUAUCGCUGGUGUCAAAGACCAUGCAUGGAUCGGCUCAUUGGAGAGAGGGAUGGAUGGGGGCACUCCGGAUGUCCAGAAUGUCGAUUGCCGUCCUGAAGAACAGCAAUCAACACGCUACCAACUGGAAGAUGGCGGCGAGACAAUCAGCGCCGGCCAGUUGCCGCCGCAGAACCCAAACUGCGACCUGAGCACCUGGACAAUCUCAAGUACCUCGACUUCCUCCGGCUGUACAACUUCCGUUGCUCCGCAGAGGAGAUCAAAGCGUCGACCGUUUGCAGAACCUCGAGUUCUGAACUACUUUCCUCGCCAUAAGCAGGAGAGGCUGGACAUCGACGAUGGCUUUGAGACCUUUACUGAGGCCUGGGAUUACUGGAAUUCAACCCGUCCUGGCACUCUCAGCUCUGAUUUCAUGGAGGAACUUCCUCCGGAGCCUGCGGAUGAUGGUCUCGAGGAUCUGAAUGUUGAUGAUAAUGCCAAUGUUGAAGGGUCCUCCUUAAAACUCCCCCAUCGAGAUGAUGGUGUCCGUGAAGAGGAUCCAGAGGGAUUAGGAGACUGCGACUGCGAUCGCCACUACGAUCGGACACCUCAUAGACAGCUUUAUGACCAUUUAAUCACCCACUAUCAGCUUGAACUUGCUGGGCUCCAAAACAAACUGCUCCUUGUCAAUCUCGAUGGCAAGACCGGAACAGGAAAAUCACACGUUAUCAUGCUGAUUUCGGCCACACUAGAAGAGAUGGCUAGGUGCCAUGGAAAGGCCAGUCCAGUUACGCGUGUGGCAUCCACUGGCGUUGCCGCCCCCGCGAUCAGUGGGCGAACACUGCAUGUUCAGGUUAAGUUGUCUGUCAAGUUUGUCAAGGGCUACGAAGCGCUCAGCAUCCCAAACCUGACGGCGUUACAGAGCGGCGAACUCCGCCAUGUUCGGGAUCUCAUCAUUGACGAAAAUUCCAUGAUUCCACCAAGGAUAUUGACCUGGAUUAACCAGCGAUUUCUGGCAACUCCCUGCCGCUGGAUGCCGAUCGAAUCAGUUGCUUUUCGUGAUGCCCUUGAUGCUUUACGUGAGGACAAAGUCACAAUCGACGACUGGAGGCUUCUGAGUUCGUGUGUCCAGGCUCUCGUGCCGUCUGAAAUCCCAGCGUUUGAUGAUGUCUCACGGAUUUACGGCAAGAAGACGAGGGUUGCUCAAUGGAAUCAUGACCGUUUGCGUGAUCUACAGGCCCCCAUCAUCAUCGCGCUUGCGUCCCAUUAA